AUGGAUCCAUCAAGUCCUGCAGACAAGAAUGGUAUCAAUUAUUUGCAUAUUUUAUUGUUAGAGCUGGUGUUGUCGGAUAUAGAAUCGAAUGACAAAACACAGAGAGACAGUCCUGCUACGGUGGAUGAUGAACACUCACAUAAAAUGAAUUUACAAUUUGAUGCUUCGAAUAAAUUUCGGACGUAUCGCGAACUUAAAAAGGACUACGAAACUAUAAUUUCAUCUGUUAAGACCGAAGCGCAGAUCAUACAAAGACUAUUUAACGAGUAUGAAACGUCGUCAUCAGAGGAGACUAAAAACAUCGUACUUCAAGACUUGGCUGAGUACCUUCACCAGUUCGACAACGCUGUAGACUUCGCCAACAGCGGAAACCUGUCGAAAUUAGUUCAGGAGUUGCCCGAUGUCCCUUUACCGCGAAAGGUUUACAUUGCCCGAUGCCUCUCUUCAGCACUGCAGGGGUACGUAUGUUGCCGCUCACUUCAACUUAUAAAAACGACAUGGUAUUUUUUCCUUGUUUCAUAUCUGAAUGCACUAAGGACGCAUAGCGCGUUAGGUUCAGACGGUAGUGCCGAAGAUGGCAAGAGAGGUUGUAUUAGACUUCCGAACUCUUGCCUUUCCCCGCCCAAGAAAUGGGUCAGCUCUGUCCAAGGGCGAUUACCGCCGUUUGACUAG